AUGUCUGCAGAUAACAUACAAGAUACUAGUCAUAGAUUUUCUGAUGUGGCUGAAGAACCAUGUAUUAUGUUAGCACCAAUUGAAGGUUUUAACAAAAAACCAUUAGUGACACUUGAAAAAGCUACAGAACCAUUACACAAUAUUGUCCCUCGUCUUCAUACAUUCGUACAUAUAGCCAAACAACGUGCAAAACAUCCAGCAGAUGAUCUUUCAGUUGAUGAAUCAGCUUCAAUUGCAUUAUAUACAAUGGAAUGGGAACCGUAUACAGAAUCACUUUAUUAUAUUCUUAAUAAAACAUUACGUAAUGAAGAUCGAAAAAAUUUGAAACCAUGGUUUCUUUAUCUUAAGCUUAUCAUUACGGCUUUAUCUCGUCUUCCAUUAAUCAAUGUAACUGUAUAUCGUGGAGUUAAAGAUAUAAUUGAAAGUGAACAUGAAAAAUAUAAAGUAGGAAAAAGACUUGUUUGGUGGGGUUUUUCAUCAUGUUCAACAAAUCGUGAUGUUUCCGAAGAUGAUCAAUUUGUUGGAAAAACUGGUAUAAAAACAUUAUUUAUUAUUGAUUGCGUUAAAGGAAUAGAUGUUGGAAAUCAUUCAUAUUUUAGAAAAGAAAAUGAAAUAUUACUUUUACCCGCUACUCAAGUUGAAGUGAUUGGUUAUGAAGAACAAGAAGAUAAUUUACGUAUUAUUUAUCUUGAAGAAAUCGAAUCAUCACAUAUUCUAUUAGAACCUAUAUCUUCAGAGGAAGAAAUUCAAGAUUUAAGAAAAAUAUCAGGAUCACAAAGUAAGAUACGAAUACCAAUAAUAUUUCCCACAAUGGUUGCACGUUAUCGUAAUAAUAAGCUUAAUGAAUCUAUUCAACGAUGUAAAUCUGACGCUGAAGCUUAUUUAAAUGGAAGACGACUUUCUAAAGCUGAUCUUGAAAUUGUUGUUAAACAAGUAAUGAUUGAUAAACAAUGUCGAGCUGUAUUCUUAAGAGAAAGUCAUAUAAUAGCUGAUGGAGCAUAUAUCAUUUCUGAAGCUCUACGUGAUAAUAAUACACUAGAAAAAUUAUUUCUUUCUCAUAAUAAAAUUGGUGAUGAUGGUGCGAAAUAUCUAGCUCGAGCACUUUCAGGUGAUAAUAAUUCAACUCUGAAGCAAAUUACUUUAUGUCAUAAUGAUAUUACAGAUCAAGGUAUUGAAUAUUUAGCAAAAAUGUUGGAAUCAAAUAAAACAUUAACUCAUUUAUGGUUAGCAUCAAAUAAAAUAACUGAUCAAGGUUUACACAUGUUAUGUCAUGUACUUAUGGAAAAGAAUAAAACUUUACAAGUACUUCAUCUUGAAUGGAAUAAAUUUCGAAAUGAUACAAGUGUUACCAUUCUUCUUGACAUGCUUAACAAAAAUAAAUCAUUAACAAAAAUCAAUUUAGAAAACUGUAAACUAUCUAAAUCUGGUAUCGAACAAUUAAAACAUUUAGUAAAGACAAAGAAAAAUUUUGAAUUACUCAUAAACUAA